AUGCGUUAUCACUGCGGCUUUACCGCUCCUGUACUGCUUCCCGUCUUCUUGGCCGCAGGUGGUGCGCACGCGCGGGACGGCAGCGACGGUGUCAUGGAGAACUUUUCCAUCUUUCUCUUCCUGUUCAUCGGCGGCAUCGCCCUGGGGGCGGUCAUCAUGCUGCCCAUCGCGUAUCUCCGCUGGCAAGGGCUGCCGCUCGAGCUGCAGCCACGCGAGCGCUGCAUGUGGGAGACGGCGCCGUCGAGCAAGAUGAGUGCCGCCAACCUUGUCCUCAUGAACAAGAUCAAGACGGACACGCUGGACGCGAAGAAUGCACUGAGGGCUGGCGUGUUGUAG